UGUAAAGUAUGGUUGUGAUUACAAGAUAUUUUUUUAAACAAAUAUGUUUUGUGAUUAUACGUAUCAAAAAUAGGUGAACUUCCUAAUUGACUUCUUCAACGUUGUCAUCAUGGAUUUCAACCACUACGAAGUACAUGAACAAGGAAACAGUAGUCAGUUACACACUUCACAAGCUGCAGAGAAUACUUCUUCAUCACUACAGCCGCUUCUUAUAGCAACUUCCCUAAAAGGAAAUGCAGCAGUUGUGGAGGACUUAGUCAAAUCUGGAGCCGAAGUCAAUUGCGCUGAUGAAAAUGGUUGGACACCACUUCACUCAGCUUCCUCGAAUGGCCACGAAAAAAUUGUAGAAUUCCUGGUGAAACGCGGAGCCAAAAUCAACUGCGCUGAUAAAAAUGGCUGGACACCGCUCUACGUAGCUUCGGUGAACGGUCAUGAAGAAACAAUCAAAUGCCUAGUGAAAUAUGGAGCUGAUAUCAAUCGCGCUGAUAAGCAUGGUUGGACACCGCUUUACAUGACUUCCUCGAAGGGCCAGGAAAAAAUUGUCGAAUGUCUGGUGAAAUGCGGAGCCGAAAUCGAACCUGCUAAUACAUUUGAUUGGACACCACUUUACAUAGCUUCAGUGAACGGACAUGAAAAAACUGUACAAUGUCUAGUGGAAAACGGAGCCGAAGUCAAUCGUGCUGAUUAUAAUGGUCGGACACCGCUUUAUGCAGCUUCCUCGGACGGCCACGAAAACAUUGUCGAAUGUCUACUGAAAUACGGAGCCGAAAUCAACCGAGCUGAUGAUAAUGGUUGGACACCGCUUAUCGUAGCAUCCUCACAUGGCUACCAAAAAACUGUCGAAUGCCUAGUAAAACACGAAGCCGAAAUCAAUCGGGCUACUUAUAGUGGUUACACAGCACUUGGACGAGCUACCUUGAGUGGCCACCAAAACAUCGAAAAAUACUUAGCAGAAUUCGGAGCUAUUAGGAACAGAACUUCUAAUAGUGAUGCUACCUUACCUUGGUUCAAACGUUUUGAUGUUAUAAGACGACUCAGAUCAAUUUUACAUGAUCCAUUUUACAUGUUUUCUUGCAUCAGUAGCGCGCUACAUAAGGCUGUUGUCAAAAAAAAGAUUUAAGUGGUUUUCUGGAAAUGGAAACCUCUUUAUUUGCCAACAAUUUCUGGCAACUAUAUUAGCAUAGUCGACAAAACUAACGGAAGUAAUAGAACGGAAUGGAACUUGAGGUAUUGCAGGGUUCAUGUCUUAUUCGUUUUUUAUACAUUAUUCUUUAGUGUUUACAGUUUGUAAUAAACUAUGAUUUUAUCUUAAAUUUAAGAAA